ACCGCAACCUGAAGUUUACCAGCUGUCUGUGCUGAAAUACCCUUCACUUCUUCCAUUUCGAGAGCAUCUGAUCAUUAUCUUAUUACUUAGUUCUAACGCGUUCAACCUUUCUUGAUCUGCUCUUAUUACCAUUUUCGAUUGCUAGCCUGUCAAUGUCAAAUUCACUGCCGUCCAUCGUGACCGACUUGGCCUCCACCGCGAUUGCACCGAUUGAGCUAGUAUUUCUCGGAACGGGCACUUCCUCCAGCCUACCUCAUCUUGAUUGUCUUACUGCACCACCAGACAGGGAGCCAUGUUCGACGUGCUUGUCCACACUGACGCCCGAAGGAAAGAAGAACAUUCGACGGAACACUUCUGCUGCACUACGCGUCCAAGGGAAGGAUGGAAACACAACAACCAUAGUUAUAGACGUGGGCAAAAAUUUUCAGGCUGCUGCUGUGGAAUGGUUCCCGAAAUACAACUUACGUCGGAUAGAUGCUGUGAUCAUCACACACGCUCAUGCUGAUGCAAUGAAUGGCCUAGAUGACCUCCGGGGUUGGACAUUAGGAGGUGCCAUUCAAUCCCACAUCGACGUGUAUGUUUCUCUGCCCACCUUUCGAGAAGUACAAAGAGCCUUUCCUUACCUGGUUUCCAAAGAAUUUGCGUCGGGUGGCGGUGAUGUACCCGAAUUUGCGUGGCAUAUCAUAGAUGACAAGGUCCCUUUUGAGAUCAACGGCAUCCGGAUAACACCUUUUACAGUACAUCAUGGUCGUCUAUUCACGACUACGACUACGGCUCCACCUGCUUUUACCCCAACGCCUUACACUACUCAGCCAUCUACUCCCUCAGCUUCAGGGAUAUCGACUCCUGUACGGCAGUCGCUGGAUCACGGACUGGGACUAAAGCUACACGGUGCUGGUCCAGGACAGAUUCACCCCUAUUUCUGCUUCGGUUUCAUCAUUCAAGAUUCUAUGAUUUACCUUUCUGACGUGUCACAUAUACCCGAAGACACUUGGAAGGUCCUCAAACCCGAAGGAAAGGACCCACCGCAAGUGCUAGUGAUAGAUUGCCUACGCCUGAACGGACAUACCUCUCACAUGGGCUUGCAGGACAGUCUCGCAGCUAUACGUCGUUUGGGUGCAAAGCGGAAUUAUUGGACUGGUUUUGGUCACGAGGUAGCACAUGACGAAUAUGUUACGAUAGGCAAGGCAACAGAAGGCAGUCAUCCGAUCGAUAUGUCAAAUAUGACUGAAACUGAGAAACGAGGCGUGGAGCUAAUUGAAGAAGGGAAGGAGGUCUGGGUUCGACCUGCUCACGAUGGGCUGAGGGUUUUUGUUUCUUCUGAUGGUGUUAUCAGAGAUGAGACUUAUGAUUAACCUGUGGGUUGGCUUAUCCACUUCUUUCUCAUGACACAACAGAAUACUGAUGGUGCCCCUUCUGCAGAGCCAUAAGCAGUAAUAGAACAAGUUCCUUAGUGAACAAACAAGUUGCACACUUGCCAUCUAGACAGAUCUAUAGGGUGCUUGGUACUAGAUUAGAGACUUGGACUGUAUUAUGGUCACACUCGGAAUCAGUACUGC